CCGCAACAGUGCCGCCAACGCCAUCGUGCGGAGCCGCCAAACGACGCACGAUUACUUUGGCACUGCGCCGCCUCCCGGCGUGGAAGAUGAUUUGUUUGAUAUCAACGUUGACGUCCACGGGAGGUCAAAGAGCGCGCUCUUCUUUCCGACGAGAAAAACCACUGCUUCCACCGUCGUUGCGCGUGGUGGGCUGGUACAGGGCACCCGCACGCCGUUGUCGGUCACACACGCGACCUUGAACAGGACCGGUGACACGAGCGCGCACUUGGUACAACAGCAACCCCCGCACGCGAAAGAGUCGAUUACCACGUCCUUGAACGCGUUUGGUCUGUACGCGGAUUUUUAUGAGUCCUGCAGCAUUUUCUUCGCCGACGUGUGUUCCUUCACGAAGGUUUCUUCCCGCACAGAGCCGGAGGAGUUGGUGAAAACUUUGAAUUCCCUCUUCCGCAUCUACGACAAGUACCUGGCCAGGAACAACGUGGAAAAGAUCAAAACCAUCGGCGACUGCUACAUGGCGGCAACCGGGUUGAACGACUACAAUCAGGAGCCACCGGUGCCGGGGUCCUACAUGGGGAACCACGCCAUGCAGAUGUGCAAAUACGGGUUGGAGGUGAUGCGGCGGAUGCGGGGGAAGCGGGCGGUGCUGAACAAAAACAAAUACGGGAAGUUGGAGCCCAUGACCAUGCGGUUCGGGGUGCACAGCGGCGCUGCGGUGGCCGGCGUGAUUGGAUAUUCGAAUUUCAGUUACGAUUUGUGGGGCGACGCCGUGCACACGGCGAACCAGAUGGAAUCCAGUGGGCAAGUGGGAAAGUUGCACGUGUCGGAAUCGACUUACCAAAUGAUCAAAAUGGACUUCGAUUGCACGGUAUUUUUGAUAUAGCGCAAGUCAGUUAAAGUUACCUUAAUAUCAGAGAGCUGCAGCUGCAGUUUAGGAAAACAGAAGUUCUUCGAUUUUCAAUUAGAGUUGUUGAAAGGAAGGACUACAACGUUCAUCUGAUUGAAAAGCAAACUUCAUAAAAAUAAACCGACACUACAACUUUACAGCGACGCUACAAAUCCGAAAAGGAUCCGGAUUGCCCCGAGUUUCCCUUCCCAACUUAUUUCGUGAACGCGCACAAGCCCGGUUGCGGGCGUUCGAGGCGAAAACGUUCGACAAGAUCCUCCAGAAGGCCGUCAGUGAGAACAGCACGCGGCCAUGCCCGGCACGACUACACGGCAAUUUCUGGGCAACCACAACAACAUCCACCUCGACCGCAGAAGUUCUUAGGCAAAAAUAGAAGUACUUCUAAAACUCCCGAAUCCGCCCCCGCCGGGCAAGAAGAGCGACCGAGCAUGGCGCAGCGGUGUAUCUCGGAAUCGUGGAGAUUGUUGCAUGGGGGAGGUCGUGGAUCAUCGGCCAGUGCCCCUGUCGCAAAAGCAGGUUCCAAACCGGAGGAGAAUGAAAAUCUUCGCCAACUACAUCCUGAGCAAACCAGAUCAGGACGGGAACGGGACCGGUUGACCUGUCGAAACACGUACAUGAACCGGAGUGGGCUGCUGUACCAGGAGCAAAUUCCGAAUAACAACGUCGUUUACAGCAACAAUAAGGUCAUGCCGCACACGACCACGGCCGCCAAGUCCUAGAAUCUAUGCUGCAACUACGCGCGGGCCCGACCACCGUUUACUUUGUCGCGAAGGGGAUUUUCAUGCGGACGCAUCAACCACCCGGACGCCGAAGAGCGUUUUCACCACCCACGCGGCCGCGACGCGCAGGACACAGAGAAUCAUGUUUCGCUUGGGGAGAUUGAAGGGGAGAACAAAAAUUAUUUCAGGAGGAGCUGUUUCUGUUUGGCAGCGAUAUCCAGAAGUCGGUCCCUGUCGUCGCGGAACCCACAGCCCGGUCGUCGCGGCGGAGGGAAUCUUGAAAAUAGCCGGCCGGGAUGAGCGGAGCAGGCAUUGUGCGGAACAUAAAGGUCUUGAGGGUGGACCAAAAAGUCUUCAACCGCGAGAAUCACUCCCCGUCGCUUUAUCUUCGGGCAGACGCGAUGUUCUGGGUCAUGGGGACAAGUUGCAGUUCUUUCGAACCAGAUCAUCAACCACGACGAGGUCGUAACAAUUCUGGCACAGCUUUUAAGCAAAAUUGGGAUCGAACCUGAGAGUAAUAAAACCUGGCCACCGCGAUCGCGAAGAAGAUUUUUCCUUCACCGGCCGAUCCGUCAAGGUCGGUUUCCGGCGCAGGAGACUAAGACUCCUUCUUUCCAGCACGGUUCGAGAAAAAUCCUAUUCGUCGCUGGAUUCAAAAGUAGACCAAGACGCGCAAUAAACAGAACAAAAGUAGUACGCCAAGAAUGUCCUCGUCGUGAUCAAGAACGCAAAAUCGAAUUCAAAGAGAAAAGUUGAAGUUCUAAUAAAAACCGACAACUUGUACAUGAGCACGACGAUCUUGCUGACGUACAAAUAAAGGACGAAAUAUCCGGUCUGUGUUGCCCUACCCGAUCAGUCGUUCUUGCCGGAGAUUGGUGAGAGUAAAAAUGUGACAGCUCCUCCUUGGAUCAUUAC